CCCGCUGCCACUGCGGCCGCCCGGGGGCCGCGGGAGCCCUAGGCGAAGCCGGGUGGAUAAGGCCCGGGCAGGUUUUGGAUCCGCCGCGAGACAGGUGUCUAGGCUGUCAAGAUGCCAGGGCCAAGACCUCGGAAAGGCCCUCAGGCCAGUGGUCAGGGUGUGGCAGCUGCAAAGCAGCUGGGGCUCUUUGUGGAAUUCAGCCCAGAGGACAUGCUGCUGGGGAUGGAGGAAACUGAAGAUGAUGGGGACCUGGAGGCUGAACUACUGGCCCUCACAGGGGAAGCAGGGGUCACUGACAAGAAGCCAGCACCCAAGGGGCAGGCUCCCCUCCCUAUGGCCCACAUCGAGAAGUUGGCUGCGGACUGUAUGCGGGAUGUGGAAGAGGAGGAGGAGGAGGAGGAAGGGCUGGAGGAGGAUGCAGACUUGCUGACUGAGCUGCAGGAGGUCCUGGGUGAAGGUGAGGAGGCUGGGCCACUGGACGGUGAUAAGACAGCCAGCCCAGAUGGCUCUGAGGAAGAGAAGGGACAGGAAAACAUUGAACCUCCAGGACAGACAGCUCUACUAACAGCUUCAGUCCCAGCAGCUCAGGCUGGAGGGCCUCGGGGACUGCAGGCUCUGCUGGAGGAUCGGAUCCACAACUACCGGGAGGCUGCAGCCAGUGCCAAGGAGGCAGGUGAAGCAGCCAAAGCCAGGCGCUGUGAACGUGGCCUAAAGACUCUGGAGUCCCAACUGGCUGCUGUGAGGAAAGGCAGGAAGAUCAGUGAGGAUGAGAUUCCACCUCCAGUGGCUUUGGGCAAGAAACAGCUGGCCGCCCAGGAAACAGCUGACAGGAACCCUGAGGCAGAUGCCCCAGCUCCCUUCAUGAUGGAGCCAGACAACCCCUGCCAACCUGAGACAAGCCUCUUGGGCAGUCCUGGCAUUUCUGCCCCAUCUGAUUCAGACCCAGACCCACAGGCCCUGUUGUCAGCCCGACAGAGAGAGUAUAAAUUGGCUGCCCUGAAUGCCAAGCGGGCUGGAGACUUAGACCGUGCCCGAGAGCUCAUGAGGAUUGGGAAGAGAUUUGGUGCAGUCCUGGAGGCCCUGGAGAAGGGGCAGCCUGUGGACCUGAGUGCCAUACCCCCGGCACCUGAGGACCUGAAGCCCCUCUCACAGGCUUCCAAGGCCCUCACAGAACCCUCAGUUGUACCCCCAGCAGUGGAGCGAGUGCAGCCAGUGAUGGCCCCUGACACUCCAGCAGCCCCAGUGGUCCCUGCUGAGCCACAGACAGUGCUGGAUGCCCUGCAGCAGAGACUGAACAAGUACCGUGAGGCAGGCAUCCAGGCCCGGGGCAGUGGGGAUGAGCGCAAGGCCCGGAUGCAUGAGCGCAUUGCCAAGCAAUAUCAAGAUGCCAUUCGAGCACACCGGGCAGGACGGAGAGUUGACUUUGCUGAGUUACCUGUUCCUCCAGGAUUCCCCCCCAUUCCUGGCCUGGAGCCCAUUGUGGGCACUGAUGGGGAUGUAGUGGCAGCUACUUUAGCAGCUGCCCAGAAACUGGCUUCCUCGGAGGAUACAGCCCCAGCAGAGGAAAAUGAGGAUGAGGAUGAGGAUAAGCUCCCAGCCCAGGCCCCAGUGGCCAAGAAGCCAGCGCAGCCUGUGGUCCCUUCAUUCCGUGCCCUGCCAGAGACCAAGGCCUCGAGUUCUAAGGAAUCAUUGAGUCCCUCUGUGCGCGAGCAGCUGGCAUUGCUAGAGGCACGGAAACUGCAAUACCAACGGGCAGCCCUGCAGGCCAAGCGCAGCCAGGACCUGGAGCAGGCCAAAGCCCAUCUGCGGGUAGCCAAAUGCCUUGAAGCUCAGAUCACCCAGGUACGACGAGCUGGCCGACCUGUGGACUUCUCCAAGGUCCCUUCACCCUUGACGGAUGAGGAGGGUGACUUCAUCCUCAUUCACCAUGAGGACCUGCGACUCUCCCAGAAGGCUGAGGAAGUAUAUGCCCAGCUACAAAAAAUGCUUCUGGAGCAACAUGAGAAGUGCCUGCUAUUCUCCAAGCAGUUCAUGCACCAGGGCAAUGUGGCCGAGACUACCCGGUUUGAGAAACUCGCUCAGGACCGUAAGAAGCAGCUUGAGAUCCUGCAGCUGGCCCAGGCUCAGGGCCUUGACCCUCCCGGCCACCACUUUGAGUUGAAGACAUUCCAGACUGUGAGGAUCUUCUCAGAACUCAACAGCACAGAAAUGCAUCUGAUCAUUGUCCGGGGAAUGAACCUCCCAGCCCCUUCAGGAGUGACUCCUGAUGACUUGGAUGCUUUUGUGCGGUUUGAGUUCCACUACCCUAACUCGGACCAGGCUCAAAAAAGCAAAACAGCUGUGGUGAAGAACACAAACUCUCCAGAAUUUGAUCAGCUCUUCAAACUAAACAUCAACCGAAACCACCGGGGCUUCAGGAGGGUGAUCCAAAGCAAAGGAAUCAAGUUUGAAAUCUUCCACAAAGGAUCCUUCUUCAGAAGUGACAAGCUGGUUGGCACAGCCCACCUGAAGCUGGAGCGGCUGGAGAAUGAGUGUGAGAUCAGAGAGAUUGUGGAGGUCCUGGAUGGAAGGAAGCCCACUGGGGGCAAGCUGGAGGUGAAAGUGAGGCUGCGGGAGCCUCUGAGUGGCCAGGAUGUGCAGAUGGUCACUGAGAACUGGCUGGUCCUGGAGCCCAGAGGCCUAUAAGGAGACUGUCAGUACUGGGAGAGGAGUCAGGCCAGCAACUGUGUGCAGGAGCAUACUUUUCUCAGCUCUGCUGGCUACAGAAGCCUUUGUACAUAGGAAGAUGCUGCUACUCAAGCACCAAAGAUCUGUUAAGUAUGUGCAUUACUGACACACAGCAAGGUCUUUCCUGUUGCUGGCCCCUCCCUGGACCUCCACGAAAGCAGGCUGGAUUCCAGGAGUCCCCUCCCCCCUUCCCUUGCCUCCCCCUCCCGCUGAGAGAAGGCAAGGAUAGCCUCAUCGCUCUGUGACUGAGUCUUACAGCCCCUUAACACCCUGUUUGGCAACUGUGUGGAGCUUACCACAGCCUCCAGUUGCAACGUUUCUGGAUGUGCCUUUAAAAGAUCUAACUAAGGGAUGGGAGAACUUGAGGGUGAUCGGGAAACCCCCUGCCUAGGGUGCAGGCAGGGUUCCGUGACUCCUGCUUAGUCAGUGGCAGCCUAUCCCACAUGACUCCGUUUACCCCAGCUGUGCCUGUGCCUUGGUUCCUGACUGCUGCUGCACUCGCCUCCCUGCUUCCCAGAGCUCUCAGUGGAGGAGGAGGGAAUGUGUGGUGGGAAAUAAGGGUGAGGUUGGAUCUCGGGUUUGGUCCAUGCAUUUAAGACUAAAUGACUGUUAACUAGAAGAAAAAAAAAUAAUAUAUAUAUAUAUACAUAUACAUAUAUAUAUAUGUAUGUAAUUUUAUGUAGCCGUUUUUAUUUAAGAAACUAGAUCUAAUUCAUUAUAGGGGUUUUACACUCUAUAUGAAGAGUGAUCAUCAAAGUCCUAAAUAAAAGCCCUGUUCCCUGUCACUUUUAAAGCAGGAGUGGCAGUAACAUUUGUUAAUUGACAGAAACUGCUGCUAUGGCUUCCUCUUUUGAGAGAGGGCAAGGGGAAGCCUUGUGUCUUCCGAGGAUCAGUGAGAAGAAUCCCUUAGUUCCUUCCUAAGAGAUCCUCCUUUGGCUUUGUUUUUCUGAAUGGAUGGAGACGAUGGAGGGAUUUGUAAAUUACAAUAGAUUUAAUAUUCAAAACUGCAAUAUUUUGCAUUUCUUAGAAAUAAACUUUAAUAUCUCAUUCCCCCCCCCCCCCUUUUUU